CAUAUCUUACCACUUGCUCUUACAAACCCUGAGUGCUUUGUUUCUAACAAGGCAAAAUUAUGUCGAAACCAUCUUCGAAAGUGUCAAAAUUUUGAAGCGGAAUAUAGCAUAGAUGAGGUUUUGGAGAUUCGUGCACGAUCAGUACCUGAAGACACUAAAAAAAA